GGCGGUACGGUCGUAUGAUACGGGAGGCGCAGGCUCGUUCCAGCUUUCAGAGAGAGAGAGAGAGAGAGAGGAACGCGCGAUCGACUGCACCUCGAUGCGCGAUCUCUCGUUACGCACGUUGCGACCGCGUGGCUCUGAGUGACUUCGAUUUCCCGUCGGUUUGCCGCCGUUGGGUCGCAUCAAACAAGGUUCGGGCCACCCGUACGCAAGUAAGCACGCACGCACGCACGAACGCACGGAGCCGAGGAUGGGCGACAAUGGCAAAGGGGACGUCGCGUCGGUGUCGCCGGCAACAUCGGAGGAUGCGGCCAAGGCGGAAUUGUACAAGGAGGAUGCGAACGAGUAUUUCAAGAAUCAAGUAUACGACAAAGCUAUUGAAUUAUAUACCAAAGCUAUAGAAUUAAAUCCAUCAGUAGCCAUAUAUUUCGGCAAUAGGAGUAUUGCCUACUUAAGGACAGAAUACUUUGGAUAUGCAUUGACAGAUGCUUCUACAGCCAUCAUGUUAGAUAAAAAUUAUGUCAAAGGAUAUUAUCGGAGAGCUGCCGCUUAUAUGUCCCUCGGCAAGUUCAAACUGGCUCUCACGGAUUACAAGACUGUUGUAAAAGCUAGGCCCAAUGAUAAAGAUGCAAAAGACAGAUAUAUGGAAUGUUGCAAGAUGAUUAAAGUAUUAGCUUUUAACAAGGCCAUCUCUGUCGAGGAUAAAAAGAAUAUAGCUGACAUGAUUAAUUUAGAAGAUAUGGCGAUCGAAGGUGAAUAUACAGGUCCAAAAUUGGUUGACGGGAAAGUUACUCUGGAAUUCAUGAAAGAUUUAUUAGAAUGGUAUAAAAAUCAAAAUAAGUUGCACCGUAAAUACGCUUACAAAAUCCUGUUGGACGUUAAAUCGUGGUUUAUGGCACAACCUAGUUUAGUGGACAUUACAAUUCCAGAAGAAAAUAAAUUCACCAUUUGUGGGGAUAUACAUGGUCAAUAUUACGACUUGCUUAAUAUAUUUAAAUUGAACGGAUUACCAUCAGAAACUAAUCCAUAUUUAUUCAAUGGAGAUUUUGUAGACAGAGGUUCAUUCUCCGUAGAAUGCAUAUUUACUUUAUUUGGUUUUAAAUUAUUAUAUCCAAAUUACUUUUUUAUGUCAAGAGGUAACCAUGAAUCAGCAACAAUGAACCAAAUGUAUGGAUUUGAUGGAGAAGUUAAAGCUAAAUAUUCUGUCCAGAUGGCAGAAUUGUUUACAGAGGUUUAUAACUGGCUCCCUCUUGCACACUGCCUCAACCGUAGAGUGCUUGUGAUGCACGGUGGAUUGUUUUCACGGGAUGAUGUGACGUUACAAGAAAUUAGAGAAAUCGACAGAAACAGACAACCACCUGACGAGGGAUUGAUGUGUGAACUGUUGUGGUCGGAUCCACAACCGCAAAUCGGCCGGGCGCCCAGUAAGAGAGGUGUAGGUGUUCAAUUCGGACCUGACGUCACUCAGAAUUUCCUCAGUAUAAAUUCUCUUGACUACAUCGUGAGGAGUCACGAGGUUAAAAACGAUGGAUAUGAAGUGGGACAUGACGGAAAGUGUAUCACAGUAUUCUCUGCUCCAAAUUACUGUGAUACUAUGGGUAACCGAGGUGCCUUUAUCACACUUAACGGUAGUGACAUGAAACCUUAUUUUACGUCGUACGAUGCAAUGCCUCAUCCAAACGUAAGGCCGAUGGCUUAUGCCAAUUCUUUACUAAAGUUCAUGUGCUAGUGGAACAUCUAGGUAUUAUUGAAAAAUGAAUAAUAUUUACUGAAAUAUAAGUAGUCCAAUCAAAGUGUGCGUAAUAUAUUUGAUACUGAAAUGAGGAAGGUAAGAGACACUUUAGGCUUCUCCGCAACAAUAAUUAUUAUAUUCUUUCUAGGAGAUCGCGAUCGAAUUUCUUGUAUUAUAAAAUAUAUGCGAUGAGAAUGCAUAAUAUUGAUGGGUACAAAAGCGAGAAAGGUUUGCUUAUUUUUACAACAAGCAAACAAAUCUAUCAGACUUCUUAUCUAUGAUAAGAAAACACGGCUCAUCAAACACUGGCGAUUUGUGUUCGUUUGUAAUAAAAUGGCGCGAAGAGAACGUUUCUAUUUUGUACCCUCAAUCUAUGACCACCUUGUUCGUUAAAGAUAUCUAUGUGCGCGUAAAUAUAAAAAGAACAAAAAAUUUUGAUCUCGAAAAUAUUUCCAUGGAGCAUAUUUUAACUUUAUAAUGUAUUAUUUAUAUGAAGCGCUGGAUCUUAAACUUUUAAUCGAUUCUUUAGCGACCAACGGUGGAGUUUCAAUGAAAUAUAGUAAUUAUUACAAGAGUAUACAUAAAUGCGUAUGCAAAAAAACUAGAAUAAUUAUGUAGUACAAUGUUCGAACCAAUCACUAUUUGUCACGUUAUUUGUGACAAUUUUUUUACAAAUAUAUUGUGAUUGGAAGGACUUCUUUGAUCCAACAUUUUGU